CUGUGACGGCGUUUCAAAUCUAUACAGCACCCACGACCAUUAAAAAGAACCACGCAACACACAAACAACAAACGCAUUGUUGUUGUUUGUUGGGUUACAAUUUUUUUUUGCGUUUUUUUUGCGUUCUGUUACAUUUUGUCGAACAACCAGCAAAGCCGCAGUAGCAGCAGCAGCAGCGGCAGCGCAACAGCAUCAUUACACACGCAUUGCACUCAAAACUACUUGUGAACCAACGUCUUGUUGUUGUUAUUGUCGUUUGCUGUGAGUGGUUGAGCGAGGGACCGAGAGAGCGACCAAGCGAGCGAGUGAGUGAGUGAGAGUGUAUGUGUUUCGUUUCUCAUUGUCUCGCGCCAAGUUGAGGAUUGAGCAAUUGCUGUUCCACGCUUAUUCGUUUAGAUCAGUACAAAACGAAGAGCUGCGGUAGCAGAGUUGUGCGUCGAGAGAGCCACCAGCCACCAGCAACCAACGAACAACCGAAGAGCGAACAAUUAUUGGAUUGUGUGCUGCAUUUGGCCACAGCUGCUCUGAUGCUGUUGCUGUUGCUAUAGAGCUGCAUUAACAAGGCGCACACUCAAGCGUUAUGUUGGACAAGUGACGUGUGAUUAAAAACCCAUCUAAAGCAACAAAAUACAAGACUAUUAACAAAAAAAACUAAGCAACAAAAAAAAAAAAGAAGAAAACUCAACAACUUAAUUCAACUUUAAAAACUCGACGACAAAUCUUUUUGUAAAAAGCCAACGAAAAUGUUUGAUGUAUUCGGCUCCGUUAAGGGGCUGCUGAAAAUCGAUCAGGUCUGCAUCGAUAACAAUGUCUUUCGCAUGCACUACAAGGCAACGGUGAUCAUCCUGAUCGCCUUCUCGCUGCUCGUCACUUCGCGCCAAUACAUCGGUGAUCCGAUCGAUUGCAUUGUCGAUGAAAUUCCCCUCGGGGUUAUGGACACAUAUUGCUGGAUCUAUUCGACAUUCACCGUACCGGAGCGUCUCACUGGCAUCACCGGUCGCGAUGUUGUGCAACCCGGCGUGGGAUCACAUGUGGAUGGACAGGAUAAGGUCAAAUAUCACAAAUACUAUCAAUGGGUGUGCUUUGUGCUCUUCUUCCAAGCCAUCUUGUUCUAUGUGCCGCGCUAUCUGUGGAAAUCGUGGGAAGGCGGCCGCUUGAAGAUGCUUGUGAUGGAUCUCAAUAGUCCGAUUGUGAACGAUGAGUGCAAGAAUGAUCGCAAAAAGAUAUUGGUCGAUUAUUUCAUUGGCAAUCUGAAUCGUCACAAUUUCUAUGCAUUCCGUUUCUUUGUCUGCGAAGCCCUCAAUUUCGUCAACGUGAUCGCUCAGAUCUAUUUCGUCGAUUUCUUUUUGGAUGGCGAAUUCAGCACAUACGGCAGCGAUGUGCUCAAGUUUACGGAAAUGGAGCCCGACGAUCGUAUCGAUCCCAUGGCUAAGGUAUUUCCCAAGGUCACCAAAUGUACGUUCCACAAAUAUGGUCCAUCCGGAAGUGUGCAGAAAUUCGAUGGUCUCUGCGUGUUGCCAUUGAACAUUGUUAACGAGAAGAUCUAUGUGUUCUUGUGGUUCUGGUUCAUCAUCCUGAGCAUAUUGUCGGGCAUCUCGCUCGUCUAUCGCAUCGCUGUUGUCGUUGGACCCAAGCUCCGUCAUCUCCUGUUGCGCGCCCGUUCGCGUUUGGCGGAAAGCGAUGAAGUGGAAACGGUGGCGAACAAAUGCAAUAUUGGCGAUUGGUUCCUGCUCUAUCAGCUGGGCAAGAAUAUCGAUCCGUUGAUCUACAAGGAGGUGAUAUCGGAUCUAUCGCGUGAAAUGGGCGGCGAUGGGCAGAGUGCACACAAGCAACCCUUUGAUGCCUAAGCGAACAUAAUGUUGUGGAGUGCGAGUGGAAGCGAGAUGAAACGACGACGAUGACAGAGAACUGAAGAGAGCAACGACGACGGCGACGAUGGCAGGAGUUAAAGAAGAAGACGAAACGAAAUGGAAAUGGAAUGGGAAUGAGAACGUCGACGAGAGUCGGACCUAGGCUCAGUGCUAGGCGACCUUGCACGUAGUCGAAAUGAAAUGGAAUGAGAAAGAGAUGGAGAUGGAAGAAGAACGAGGAGGUGGGAGAUGGGAGAAGGGGGCGUGGCCUUUUGAGCUAAUGACGAGCUAAUUGAACACACAUAUCAACGAAUUCCAUGGUAAACGCUUCUGUUUUGAGUGUUUUGCCGCCAGAUUGCAAAACACUUGAAAACAUUUUCGAAAUGCAACUACAACAAUACUAGCCACACACAUACACACACACACACGCACAUAUAUAAACACGCACAAUUCACACAUAAGAAACAUAAAAAAAACAAAUCCCCACCAGGCCCUGGACUGGCAGCUGUCUAUAUAAGAAAUAAGACAAUCAAUUAAACAGACGCUGCUGGAAUUCAAAAACAGGAACUAAGGCAAAAAACAACAAUAAAAGACAACAAUAAGAAUUUGAUAAAUACUUUAUGAUUAUUUUAUUAUUUUUUUUUUUCGUAUGCAAUAAAAGACAGCAAGCAAUUAAAAGACAGAAGAAGAAUAAGAAUUUUUUGCUAAUACAUAUUUUUUAUACACAUCCUGAUGAAGAUGCAACUGUAGAUGCAGAUACAAUUGUAUCUAGAUACAUUUAUAUACUAUAUACAUACAUAUAUUUAUAAUGCAAAAAUGCCACAUGCGAUUAAUAUUUAUGCUAAGAGUUGUGAUCAUUGAUUAAGCAGUUUGUAAACAAAUGAAAUAAUUACAAAACGAUUUGUAACAAGAAAAAUAAAACAAGAAAAAACAAACAACAACAACAGCAACAAUAAUGAUAACAAUACAAAUUUCCAUAUACAAUACUAUAUAUUUUUUUUUUGUAUUUGAUUUCCAAUUUAUAUAAGCAAUAAUUAUUUAAUUGCAAUUUAAUUACGUUAUAUAUAUAUACAAAAAAAAAAUGCAAAACUAUUUUCGCCAGCAAUUUAUAGUUCAUUUUAAUUGUACUUUUCAAUUUUGUCAUAUUUCUUCUAGCAUUUAUUUGUUUAGUUCUUAGGCAUUUUAGUUUAGCGCAAUUUUUUUUUGAAAUAAAGACGAAAAAAGAAAACUACUUGAAAUAUUUUUAUAACGCUAAUGAUAAUAAUAAUGCAAAUAUAUAUUUAUAAAUUGUAACAAUGCAGAAAUAUGCGUAUAUAUUUUUGUAUACAUAAUAAAUGUUUAGCUAUACAAAAAAAAAA